UUUAUAUUGAGAUCUUGUUUCUUACUUCUUAGUCAUCAUCAUCAUCAUCAUCAUCAUCACAAUUUCACACACUCCUCCAAGUCCAAGACCAGCAGCAUUCCCUCCACCAUGGUUUCCGACGAGUCUCUCUUCCACUACGCUCUCCUCACUCUCUACCUCAUGGCUCCACCAACCUUCAUCUCCCUCCGCUUCCUCCAAGCCCCUUACGGCAAACACCACCGCCCAGGUUGGGGUCCCAACCUUCCUCCACCACUCGCAUGGUUUCUCAUGGAAUCCCCCACACUCUGGCUCACCCUUUUCCUCUUCCCUCACGGCCAACGCUCCUCCAACCCCAAAUCCAUCCUUCUCAUCACCCCUUUCCUCCUCCACUACUUCAACCGCACCUGCCUCUACCCACUUCGCCUCCUCCGCGCCCCUCCGGGAAAAACCGCAUCUGGGUUCCCCUUAAGCGUCGCGCUGAUGGCUUUCGCCUUCAACUUGUUGAAUUCUUACAUUCAGGCCAGAUGGGUAUCUCACUAUAAGGACUAUGAUCAUGAUGGGUGGUUUUUCUGGUGGCGGUUUUUUUGUGGGGUUUUGGUGUUUUUGUGUGGAAUGGGGAUCAAUGUUUGGUCUGAUAGGGAGUUGUUGAGGCUCAAGGGUGAAGGGAAAGGGUAUGUGGUGCCUAAGGGAGGGUUGUUUGAGCUUGUGACUUGUCCAAAUUACUUUGGGGAGAUUGUGGAGUGGCUUGGAUGGGCUUGGAUGACUUGGUCAUGGGCUGGACUGGGCUUCUUCAUCUACACUUUCGCGAACUUGGGGCCCAGGGCACGCGCGAAUCGGCAAUGGUAUUUGGAGAAAUUUGGGGAGGAUUAUCCAAAGAAAAGGAAAGCUGUUAUUCCAUACUUGUAUUGAUUUUGUUUUCUCUCUGGCUUGUCAGGGGAUACAAUAGUUUGGAUGUGUUGCUGAAGCAUUGCAUUGCAUUGCAGCAAAACUUGGUUUAUGAUGUGAAGUUGCAUAAUUGAAUUGGUAAAAGAUGUCUUGGUCCUUAAUGUGGAUUUGGCAGUUGAGAGAUCUUUCUGCUUCCGGAGAAUGCCAUGCUGUCAUUACCACCUGUGCACUAAUAUGUCUCAGCUCCUCACCUGUGAUUGUUCCUCGGCAAACAGCUCCUGGUAAAAUUUUGUAGUUGGGAGAGAAGAACACACCGAGUAGUGCGUGUAGGAAACUCAACAGAGAGCAGAAGAGCAGAGAGCAUGUUCGUCAAUGACGAUUAAGCAGUGGAGCUCAGAAAUCUGCGGAGGACAACAUACAAAUGAAUGGCUAGGGUCUCUCCACAUGACAACUUCUUCCCUUCCGAAACACGCUUCUCACACGCCCCUUCACCAAUACUCAUUCUCCCCAACACUUUUUCAAGAUCCAUGGUGGCUCGAUGGAGGAGGAGCUCAUGAAAUCAACUUGAUGGCCAAAUCUGUCAGGGAUCCCAUAAUUGUCUUCUUGUACUUUCCUUCUAAUUCCUUUUUCUUUUGUCUUGCAUUCUCAUUAAAUUUGCACUGGCUUGAAUUUUCAGAUGAUGAGAAUUGGAACUCAAGAAGGUGGAGAUCAUCGAUGCACUAUUGUUUUACUUAUCUUAUGUUGUUGGCUGUACCCUUGUGGACUAUGGGCAUUAAUUCGAACUUCUUGGUUUAUUGGUUGAGGAGCAAUUUUGAUUCUUUUUAUUAGUUUUAACUAUUUAUUUGCCACGAAUUGUAGAGUAAAAUUAAAAUAAACUAACCCACAAUGACUUAUGGGAAUAGGAUGAAUAGAGGAACAAUCA